GGAAGAACUCCGCCUCCCGCAGCCAGAGGCUGCUAGGUGCGGGCUGCGGCUGGGAGGCGGAGGAAGCUCAGACAGGGUCUCAGUAUGCACCUCUGUCUGGCCUGGAACUCCCCAUGUAGACCACACUGACCUCAAACUCACGGAGAUCUGCCUCCCAAAAACUGGAAGCAAAGGCAUACAGCACCAUACUCAGCAAGAGUUCAACUUUGCAUCUUUCAUGGAUAAAGCAACCAGAAAUCCCUGUGGCUGACUAAUUCCUGUGUCAUUGACUUAAGAUUGGACAGAGGCGACAUGUCAGAAGAGACAGUCAGCAGAUCACAGUUCUCCUUGAAGACGUACGCAGUUAGAGUGUUUGCUCUCCCUUUGUCUUGGUAUUACUCUCUCUCCCAGAUCAAAUUUUCACCAGUAGCUAAGAAGCUGUUCAUGGUAACUGCAGUGAGUGCUGUGUCUGUGAUUUUUCUGGCCCAUCACUUUAAAAGAAGACGGGGAAAACAGAAGGGCAAAGUGCUGCCCUGGGAACCCGAGCACCUCCUCCUCGAGCACACUAGGAGAGCUGCGUCAGAAAAAGGUUCGAGUUGCUCCAGCAGUAGGCAGAAUCUGACCUUGUCAUUAAGCUCCACCAAGGAGAAAGGAUCUCAGUGUUGCAACUACCCGAAUGGAGGGCUUCUCAGCAGAUACUCGGGCUCUGCCCAGAGCCUGGGCUCCGUCCAGAGUGUUAACUCCUGCCAUAGUUGUGCUUGUGGGAAUUCUAAUUCCUGGGACAAAGCAGAUGAUGAUGACAUCAGACUUGUUAACAUUCCUGUGACCACACCUGAGAACUUGUACCUGAUGGGUAUGGAAUUAUUUGAAGAGGCGUUACGACGAUGGGAACAAGCUCUGACUUUUCGAAGUAGACAGGCUGAAGAUGAAGCCUGCAGCUCUGUUAAACUGGGAGCCGGAGAUGCCAUUGCAGAAGAAAAUGUGGAUGAUAUUAUUAGUACAGAAUUCAUCCAUAAACUUGAAGCUCUACUACAAAGAGCGUAUCGUCUCCAAGAGGAGUUUGAGGCUACCCUUGGGGGGUCUGACCCUAAUUCCAUUGCCAAUGAUACUGAUAAAGACACAGACAUGAGCUUGAGGGAGACUAUGGAUGAGCUUGGCCUGCCAGACAGCAUGAACAUGGACUCAGCAGAUCUCUUUGCUUCAGCAACAGAGCUCGCAGAGCAGAGAGAAGCGCAGCAGACCUUCAGCCUGGAGUCUUUUUGUCCCUGCCCUUUCUACGAAGAAGCUAUGCAUUUAGUUGAAGAAGGAAAAAUUUACUCCAGAGUGCUGAGAACUGAGACGCUGGAGUGCCUAGGAGACAGUGACUUCCUCGCCAAGCUUCACUGUAUCCGGCAGGCUUUUCAGCUAAUCCUUGCAGAAGCAGACAACAGGUCAUUCCUUGCUGAAAGUGGAAGGAAAAUUUUGUCAGCUUUAAUUGUGAAAGCACGGAAGAAUCCAAAGAAAUUUCAAGAUGUUUUUGAUGAAAUGAUUGAUUUUUUAGAGCAGACCGAUCACUGGGAUAGCACUGAGAUGGAACUUGCUGCCAGAGGGGUGAAAAAUUUAAAUUUUUAUGAUGUGGUUCUGGAUUUCAUAUUAAUGGAUUCCUUUGAAGAUUUAGAAAACCCACCGACAUCCAUACAGAGCGUGGUGAACAAUCGCUGGCUCAACUCUUCCUUCAAAGAAACCGCUGUGGCUUCAAGUUGUUGGUCAGUGCUGAAACAGAAAAGGCAACAGAUGAAGAUCUCAGAUGGAUUUUUCGCUCAUUUUUAUGCCAUUUGUGAGCAUAUCAGCCCUGUCUUAGCCUGGGGCUUCUUGGGGCCUAGAAAUUCUCUCUAUGACUUAUGUUGCUUCUUUAAGAAUCAAGUUCUUUUCUUUCUCAAAGACAUCUUCGACUUUGAGAAGGUGCGCUAUUCGAGCAUAGACACGCUGGUGGAGGACCUCACGCACCUACUCAUCCGCCGCACGGAGCUGCUGGUCACCUGUCUUGGUGCAGAUGCCCUGAGGCAUGCCACCACUUGCACGAGUGGACACUCCCACGCCGUGCCCACUGCGCUCUUAGAAGCCAAAGUACAAUAAGUACCAGAAGUGGCUGGAGAAUGCUGUCCAGUGCUCUAGGGUAACUCCUGACUGUGAGUGCCUCAGAAUCUACAGGGCUGACAGCGUGGCCUCAGGGAGAGGACAGUCUCAAGGAUGGGCGGGAUUGUCCUGCAUGUAUGCAGGAGGUUUGUCACUGAAGCCAUGUGAUGGAUCCAGAGAGACUUUUUAAUAAUCCUUAGGUAAUAAUUUAAGUUGUGAAGUGUUGCGUAUUAUGUUGUGACUGUUGCUUGAAUUGAACCCAAUGCUAUAGGAGUUCAUUGUCUUCCCACAAUCUGCAGUGUCCAGUGUCACCCUCAAAACACGUCUUGAUGCUUUGCUCCUUGAGAAUACACUAGCCCAAGGUGAUUGUAUUUGUGUAAUAAUCUACGACUUCUAGCGUCAACGUACUUAACUUUGCCUGAAAUGUAUUCUUAACCUUAGGUACUACUUCUUUAAUAGAAUUUAGACAAUAGAGGUGUUUAUCUACAGCUUGUAUAUUUGCUAAUGUAUUUGAGUCAAAGAAGGCAUCCUCACCGAGGUCUGGUGUACGAGAGCACCUGAGUGAAGCGAGUGGUUUACAGCACACACUUGGGGUGGAUCACCUGCAGUCCAGAGGAUACUACUAUUGUCCUGGAAGGUACGAGACACUGAAGUAUUUUAUCUUAUUUUCCCUCAGAUGAAUUUUAAACUGGAAAAUAUAAUUUAUUUACCAAAAAAAGAAUUAAAAAUUUAUCCUCUUUUAAAUGUAACUUUGAGGCUGUCUUAAAGUUUUAAACUUUAGCAUAAGAUAAUUUCCUCUCUCCUUUCACAAAACAAACUUUUAAUCACUCACAUAGAGAGUUUAUCACAUUAAAAGUUUGUCAUGUUAUGCAUAAAUUUUAAAAAUACUCAUACUUUGAACUUAGGUUUUAAAGGAAUUUUUCUCUUAGAUGUAAACCACACAUAUUUUGAAUGUUAUGGGGGUGUGUUUUAUGUCCUUAUGAGAAAUGAGUAACCGGGUUAUUAUAAGUAACCUGCCGGGGCUGGAGAGAUGGCUCAGAGGUUAAGAGCACCGACUGCUCUUCCAAAGGUCCUAAGUUCAAAUCCCAGCA